UCCGUUCUGCGUCUCCUGUCUCCCCCCUUUCCUCCCGUUCCUCCCCCAGCGGCCCCCGGCUGCCAGGCGUCACACAGCAGUUUAUAACAAGGAGGAGAAAAAAACACGGAACCCUCCCCGCCGUGGACAGAGUCACGGAGAGUGACUGUGACCGGAGGAAGGGGACCGGACCGUCUGUGAGGAAAACACCCGGACCGGGGAUCGGGAGCAUGCGGCUCGGUUUGCUGUUCAGGAUCUUGGUGCUGUGGAGCUUCGUGGAGGUGACCACCUCCGUGACGAAGACCAAGAGGAAGGUGUCGGCUCGGAGGUCCCGCCAGGUGUUGGAGGCGGAGCCAGCAGAGGGAGUGUGGUCAGCGUGGGGGGGGUGGUCAGAAUGCUCUCAGACCUGCGGUGUGGGCGUGUCUCAGAGGAGCCGCAGGUGUUUAGCUCCCCCCCAGACUCCGCCCCUCUCCCCCCACACCUGGGUGGGUUACCUGCCAGGGGGCGUCAGACCUGCCGUCGUCUCCCCCUACUACCCCCACCGUUACCUGGGGCAACACCGGCCCUAUGCCCCGCCCCUCCCCUCCAACCGUAGGCCAGGACUGCCUCUGUACCAGAACACACCUGCCGGGGAGGCGAGGCCUCUCUACCGGAACACACCUGCUGGGGAGGCGGGGCGUUCUGUUCCGGGGCAGACCAAUUGGUCGCCUCCUUUUUACCAGCCGGGGUUCUCUCCGGCCAAUCAGGAGACGGUUCCUGUUUACCAGCCGCCCUAUCGCACGCCUUCGCUGGGCUACAACCAACCGGGUCACAUCAUCAGGAGGCCAACCAACCUGGGAGCAGCUAGAGCUGGAGGGGGCGGGGCCAGGCGCUCGGUCUCAGCCAGUCGGGAGGCUUUGACUUCCAGGAGGUCUUCCCCCAUCCGUCCGGGUCAGUUUGGUUACGGCAGAGUUCCCUUCUCGCUGCCGCUGCACCGACCCAACCGCCAGGCCCGGCACACCGCCAACGGAACCGCCAACGGAACCGGACCAGAGGAGGAGGAGGAGGAGGAGAGAGGAGCUGAUAAAGAGGAGGACCAGGAGGAGGAGGUGGAGGCUCCCACUGACACUGAACCCAAUCCUCCCACACUGACCUCCAGCUCCGAUGGCUCCAGCGGUGGCCCCUCCAGACCUGAUGGCCCCUCCAGACCUGGCGGUGGCCCUGGUGGCUCCAGCGGUGGCCCCUCCAGCCCUCAGCGGCCCCUCCUACCGGCUCCUCCCCUGUUCUCCCGCUCCUCCUCCCCCCACCAAUUGGUCUGGAGCUCCAUCGCUCCUUCUCCUCCCCCCCUGCCCCGCCCCGCCUCACCCUUCUCCUCCCCCCUCCACCGACCUGGACCGGCCGGCGGUGUCUUCCCCCUGCAACGUCCUCACCUGGGGGAGGAGCCUGGGAGGGAGGGGGGCGGAGCCUCACAGGUGUUCAGGUGUUCAGGACCAGGGAAGGAGCAUCGCAGGUGUUUCUCUCAGGUGUGUUCAGGAUCUUCUCUGGACUCCAGAGCCGAGCAGUGUGCAGCUUUCAACACCCAGGAGUUCAUGGGUCGCCUCUACAACUGGGAGCCUUUUACCGAGGUUGGUUUGGACAAACAGUGUGAGUUGACCUGCAGACCAGCCGGCUAUCGAUUCUACGUCCGUCAGGCAGAACGAGUCCGAGACGGAACGACCUGCUUCAACAUCAGCAUCAACGACGUCUGCGUGGACGGAAGAUGUCUGACUGAAGGCUGUGACGGCGUCCUGGGCUCCGACUCGGUGAUCGACCGGUGUGGAGUUUGCGGCGGACAUGAGACUUCCUGCAGAAAGGUGACGGGAAGCUUCCAGAACAUCACGGUUCCUCUGGGCUACCACAAGAUCCUGAAUGUCCCACCAGGGGCCACCUUCAUCAACAUCACGGAGAGGAGAGCCAGCCCCAACUACCUCGCUAUGCGGAGCGGCACCGGGGCCUCGGUGGUGAAUGGACGCUGGGCCGUGGACCCUCCAGGAGACUACGAGGCGGGAGGGACCACCUUCACCUACACCCGACCCAGAGCUCAGGCGGAAGGGGAAGAGGAGAAGGGCGAGUCCCUGAAGGCACCGGGACCCACCACGGCUCUGCUGCAGCUUUAUAUCAUUUUCCACAAGGAGAACCCCGGCAUAGACUACGAGUUCUAUGUCCCACUGGAGAAGAAGGAGGAGAGGCUGAUGGAGAGGGAGGCGCCCAGAGAGCAAGCGAGGGAAUGGCCGAGGGAACAGCUGAAGGAACAGCCGAGGGACCGAGAGCCAAUGAGGGAACAGCUGAGGGACCGAGAGCCAGCAAGGGCAUCGCUUCGCAGUCCUCUCAUGGUGUCCAUGGAGGAGCCUCGUCCUGUUCCUCCUCUGGUCCUCAUUCCUUCCUCCACUUCCUCACUGGAUCGUUGGACACCUGACAGGUCACGCCCUCGGGGAUCGGCGCCCAAUAGGAACGCUCGGAUUCCUCCUCGGACCGACCUCCCGCUGGACACCCAGCCGCCGUUUGUGUGGAGGAGAGGAGCCCUCAGCGAGUGUUCAGCCUCCUGUGGACGAGGUUCUCAGUUCAGAGUCGUUCUGUGUCUAAACCGACACACCGAUGAGGAAGUUCCAGAGAGGAAAUGUGAUUCUGCAGCCAAACCGCUUCCAGAGGAGGAACCCUGCAACACGCAGCCCUGCCCACCGUUCUGGGAGGUCAGCUCCUGGUCUGAAUGCAGCGUUUCCUGCGGCGUCGGCGUGCAGCAGCGACAGCUCCAGUGCAGGCAGAGCUUUGGGAACAGAUCCACCAUGGUCCAUCCUCAGCGCUGUGCCGCCCUUACUGCCCCCCAGUCCACCCAGCCCUGCCAGCUGCAGCUCUGCUCGCACUGGGAGGUGGGCUCGGACUGGAGCUCGUGUUCGGUGGACUGUGGUGUCGGCAGGAGGACGAGGAGCGUUCGCUGCGUCAGUGAUCAGGGCAGCGUGGUCAACGAUAAGGAGUGUAAUUCCCGGCUCCGCCCACAGGGGGACGAGGAGUGCAACAUGGGACCAUGUGUGACCAAUUGGUACUUCACUACCUGGUCCAACAUGUGCUCGGCCCCCUGUGGUCCGGGGGUCCAGAGGAGGGAGGUGGUCUGUCUGACCAGAGGAGGCGCCAGAGAGGGAGGAGGAGGAGGAGACUGUGUUGGGGAGAAGCCGGCUGAGAUGAAGGCCUGUAAUGGAGGUCCAUGUGAGCCCACAGCCACCUGGUACAGCAGCCCCUGGACUCAGUGUAACGUCCUGUGUGGGGAGGGAACACAGCGUCGAGACAUCAUUUGUGUCCAGAAGAUGGGGAGCGAUUUCACCGUCGCGCCGGCCGCUGAAUGCGCUCACCUGGACAAACCUGCGGCGGUGCAGGAGUGUGAGAUGGGAGAGUGUCGUCCUCAGUGGUUCACCACUGAGUGGAGCACUUGCUCGCAGUCCUGCGGUAACGGGCUGCAGAUGAGGGAGGUUCGAUGUCUGACUCCAGAGAAGAAGCACAGCCCUGAAUGUGAUGCAGAAACCAAACCUGAGCAGGAACAGAGCUGCAACAGCAUUCCCUGCAGCCCAGCGGUGGCAGAUGAGAACUGUCGGGACCGCCGUCAGAACUGUGUGAUGGUGGUCCAGGCCCGGCUCUGCGUUUAUUCCUACUACCAGGCCGCCUGCUGUGCUUCCUGCACCCACAGCGCCCAGCGGGCCAAGAGGCACUGACCGGCCAAUCACAGCAGCCCUGGAGCGCCAAGAGGCCAGGGAUUGGUUGAGGAGGGCUGACGGCAUAGAAACGGACGCCCAGAGUGAUGGCGUCCAGAUUCCAUUUAGCUUUUUUCUCCUGAAUCUUCAGGUAAAACUGUGAAAGCAGAACUCCCAGUGCGCUUACAUUCAAUUAUCACUGCAGGAACCUCUAGGGAACCUUUAGGGAGCCUUUAGGAACCCAUAGGGAACUUUUAGGAACCUUCAUCUGACUGCAGGAACCUCUAGGGAACCUUUAGGAACCUUCAUUAUGAUGGCAGAAACCUUUAGGGAAACUUCGUUGUCACUGCAGGAACCUUUAGGAACCUUGAUUCUGCCUGCAGGAACGUCUAGGGAACCUUUAGGAACCUCUAGAGAACCUUAAGGAACCUUUAGGGAACCAAUCAGCCCAGGUUCUGACAGCAGGUCAGGAGUUUCCAGGAUUCAUCUCUUUCAUGGAUUUCUGCAUAAAAAUGCAGGAAAAUGACACAAAAAACCCAAAUGUGCCACAAGUUCUGUAAUAUUUAGAUGCCGUUCCAUUCUAUUAGGUUCUAUCAGGUUCUAUCAGGUUCUAUCAUUUCUCAGGGCAAGAAAAAAGAACUAACGUGAGGAUUUUUUCAGAUUUUCAGUAGAAAUUAAAUCCCACCUGAAGUCUAAAGCCUUUAUUCAUAUUUAAUCAAUGAGUCAGUUUCUUUCUAAAGCAGAUCAGAUUUUUGAACACAGGUCAGAAAUGUGCAGAUAGAAAACAGAAAAACCUCCAACCUGUGAGAACGUUUAAGAGAACGUUUAGAGAGCUCUAAGAACUGAGUGGUGCCGAUUUUUCUCUGCAGGAUUUAGGUUCUCACCUGUUGGUCCACAAGUAGAAAAAGAUUUUUAAAAAAGGAAAAAAAAAAGUGUCGAUUCCUGCAGAUGUCGUUGGUUCCCUCCAGGAGCCUCCAUGGUUCUCCUCCAUGAGCCUCCAUGGUUCUCCUCCAUGAGCCUCCAUGGUUGUGCAGGUUCCUGCUGAUGGUUCUCCAGGUUCCUGCUGAUGGUUCUCCAGGUUCCUGCUCUCUGAGGAUCUUCAAACCACUAAUUUAAUCAGAUCUUCUGGAGCCAGCCAGGAAGCAUUUUGUCGACACGUCAUUUGUCUUUUUUCCGUUUGCAAAAAGCAUAUUUCCUCCAGAGUCCUUUUCUUCAGUUCCUGGACAGAAGAACCAAAGGAGUCGGAGGGAAGUUAGCGACCAAAUAGAACGAGACGAUCCCAAACAGGAAGUCAGCCGACAUGGAUGAAACUAGCUGACAGGUUUAGCUAAAAAAGAAACUCUGGAGUUUCCAGGAAGAAAUGAGCCUUAAGAAUAAAUACAGUUAAAAUGAAACGCACAUUUUAAACGCUAAAUGUAGAAUAAAGGUUUGAAUCACAUAAAAUAAACCACAUGAUGUGUUUAAGGGCCAUCAGAAAGGUGAAGAUUAUCGAUGAUUCUUUCUGUUUUUACAGUUUCUAACCUUUUAGUGACAAACAUCUCCAUUUAAAAUGAUGAAGGAAAAACCAAAUAUUAUGUGAAACGAGGCCUUUAGAAAAACUUUAUUUGUAGAGAAAAGUUCAACCAAUAAAAAUACCAGUGAUAUGAAAUGUAGAAUAAAUAGAUUUUAUUGAGCUAAAAUAAACUAUUUUAAGCUUAGAUUUGGUUAAUUUUUCUUAUAGGACUCACAUACUGAGGUCAAGGACUGUUGGAAAGGUGAAAAUCAAAGAUGACUGUAACUUUUUUUUUUUUUGUUUGCACCGACGAGCGUCACAAAGAAAUAAGAAUAAAUAAUGAAGACAAACCUUUUAUUGGUUCCAAACUGAGCAUUUUCAUCCUUUUAAUAACUUCUUUUGCAUCACAAAAAGGGUAAAACCACAGAAAUGUAAAACUAACGAUGAUAAAUGUGAGUGAAGCUGGAUGUUUGCGGCACAUUUUUAAAUGAGACGUAGGAUAAAGUGGAUUUUAAAAAGUGGAAUUUAAGCUCUGAUUUGGCCACAUGAUGCAUUCAAGGACCGUUGGAAAGGUGAAAUCCGUGAUGAUUCUUUAGUUUUUACAGUUUCUGGCUCCUACUUUUUUUUUCCCAACCCAUGAAUGUGUUCUUCGGCUGCACAGAAAACACAUUUGGUUUUAGUCUUUUUCUGCAUUUUGUGUUCAGUGAGGAAGAACAGAGAAUGUGGACUUUAAUCCUGAGCAACUUCUUCAUUUUUACAAUCAUGCCAAACAUCUUUACGUCCCCACAGUGGAAACACUGCCUGCAGAUCACCUGAAAACUCUGAAUUUUAUCACCUGACCGUUAAUCACAGCAGGAAGCUCAGAAUAUUUAGUUUUUUACAGAAUCUGUUUGGUAUAAACAGUUCACUUUUAAAACAUUUUUAAAGAAGACGUGUAGAAUGAAGUGAUUUUCAAUGAUUUAGUUAAUUUUCCAGAUUUCACACAAGAUAAAUUCAAAUAAAUCCAAAUAAAAGAGGUGAAUGAUUUUUUCACUCAUUAAAAUAGAGAAACCGUGUUGCUGCUUCCUGGGAGGGAAACCGAUGUGUUUUUCUGUCGUCAGUGAGUUGGUCAGUGAAUCAGUGAGUCGGUGAGUGAAUCAGUGAGUCGGUCAGUGAAUCAGUGAGUCGGUUACUGAGUCGGUCAGUGAAUCAGUGAGUCGGUGAGUGAAUCAGUGAGUCGGUCAGUGAGUCGGUCACUGAGUCGGUCAGUGAAUCAGUGAAUCGGUGAGUGAAUCAGUGAGUCGGUCAGUGAAUCAGUGAGUCGGUUACUGAGUCGGUCAGUGAAUCAGUGAGUCGGUGAGUGAAUCAGUGAGUCGGUCACUGAGUCGGUCAGUGAAUCAGUGAGUCGGUGAGUGAAUCAGUGAGUCGGUCAGUGAAUCAGUGAGUCGGUUACUGAGUCGGUCAGUGAAUCAGUGAGUCGGUGAGUGAAUCAGUGAGUCGGUCACUGAGUCGGUCAGUGAAUCAGUGAGUCGGUCACUGAGUCGGUUCGUGGAUCGGGUUGGUGAGUCAGUCAGUGGAUCGGGUUAGUGUGGGCGUCUCUGCUUUCACCUGAGCAGGUAAAUCAACGUGUUUGUCUCCAAACCUCCACCUGAAGCCGGCCAGGUGUGGAGGUCUGUAUAUAUCUGUCAGAUAUGUUUUCUAAUUAGUGUCUCCUCGUUAAUGGAUGUGUGACGGCCGUAUGAAUGUUCUCUUUUCUAAUCCUACGUUUUCUAUAUAAACAGAAGCCAGGACAGUAAUUUAUCUGUUAUCUAAAGAAACAUGUAAUUUAUUUUCUGUUUUUUUGAGGAGCUGUAGAAAUAUUAUUUUUUCUUUGUUACCUCCAGAGUUUUUGAAGAUUGUUCUUAUCGACAUUUAGUUUUAUUAUUAUGGUGUAAAAGCAGAGUAAAGACUUUUAUUAUCUGUGAGCUUCAUCUGAAAUAAACUGAAAUAACAGGA